AAGUUCAUAAAAAGGUAGAUCACAGUUUUAUGGUACUAUGGAAAAAUUUAAAAAUUAAGGAGAGGAUGUGGCAGCAGAAGGCAAGGAGGAUGUGGUACAAGGAAGGUGAUGCGAAUACAAGAUUGUUUCAUAGUUGUGUCAAGGGAAGAUGGAGAAGAAAUGAAAUUAAUUGUAUUCGGAUCAAUGGGGAACAGUACACGGGUGUGAAGGAAAUAAAGGAAGAAAUUUCACAAGUAGAUAAUGAGUUGCUAGUGGCUGGGUUUGAUGAAAAGGAAAUUAAAGAAGCAAUUUGGGACUGUUGCUCUUCCAAAGCCCCAAGCCCGGAUGGUUUCAAUUUCAGAUUUGUGAAGAAGAUGAGGGAAGAUAUUAAGGUGGAGGUGAUCGACUUUGUGCAGGAAUUUUGGGAAUAUGGCAGAAUUGCAAGGGGAUCCAACGCAUCCUUCAUUGUUCUAAUUCCGAAGAAGGAAAAUCCACAAGGAAUUGAGGAUUAUAGACCCAUUUCGCUCAUCGGGAUCAUGUAUAAAAUCAUCGCUAAGUUGCUAGCAAACAGGUUGCGAAGGGUGCUGCCAAAGGUCAUUGGGGAACAACAGAUGGCAUUUAUUGAAGGUAGACAAUUAGUUGAUGGAGUGGUGAUUGCAAAUGAAGUCAUUGAUGAGGCUAAGAGGAAGAGGAAGAAAAGCUUUCUUUUUAAAGUCGACUUCGAGAAAGCAUAUGAUAGAGUGUGCUGGAGCUUUAUAGAAUUUAUGAUGAUGAGAAUGGGAUUCUCGGAAAAAUGGAGGAUGUGGAUUCAAGAAUGUCUAAGAUCGAGCUCAGUCUCGGUUCUCAUUAAUGGAAGCCCAACUAAAGAGUUCCCGGUGAGCAAAGGCAUCCGUCAAGGAGACCCGCUAUCCCCCUUUUUAUUUUUGAUUGUGGCAGAAGGAUUGAAUGGUUUAGUUUCUGCUGCAGUAGAGAAGAAACUUUACAAGGGUGUAACGGUGGGAAAUGGAGAUACAACGAUCACACAUUUACAGUUUGCUGAUGAUACUAUCUUCUUUGGGGAGGCCUCUGAUGAAAACAUAAAGGUGGUCAAAGGGAUUAUGAGGACUUUUGAGUUGGCUUCAAGGUUAAAGAUUAAUUUUGCGAAAAGUCAGAUAAUGGGGAUGGGGGUUGAGGAAAGCUGGACAGCAAGAAUGGCCUAUAGACUGUGUUGCACACAAGGGGAAUUUCCAUUUAAAUAUCUAGGAAUUCCAAUUGGUGGGAAUCACAAAAAAUUGGCAAUGUGGUAUCCAAUGGUUCAAUCUUUUAAGAAGAAACUUGCUAGCUGGAAGGGUAGGCAUCUCUUUCUCGGGGGUCGCAUCACGCUCAUCAACUCAGUGUUGUCCAGUCUUCCUGUGUUUCUGAUGUCUGUCUACUUAAUCCCGAAAGGUAUUCUUCUUUCCAUUGAUAAAAUUCGUAAAAGUUUUUUAUGGGGUGGGGGAGGAGAGGAGAGGAAGGUUAAUUGGGUCAAGUUGGCAGAAAAUAAGGAGGGUUUAUGGAAGAAAGUAAUUAUGAAAAGAUAUGGUGUUGGAGGGAACCAUUGGUUAAACUGGGUUAAAGAGUAUACAGGAGCAGGAUCUAUUUGGUGGAGAGAUGUGUGCCGACUUGAUUCUUUGCAUGGAGAGAGUGGAGGGUGGCUGUCAAAGAGUUAUAGAAUAAAAAUGGGGGAAGGGAAAAGUGUUAGGUUCUGGUGGGACCAAUGGUGUGGGGAAGGGUGCCUUGCUAAUAGUUUUCCAAGAUUGUAUUUAUUGUCAACAGAGAAAGAGAAUAAAUGCUACCAAAUGGGCAAUGCUAGCAAUGGUUCAUGGAAAUGGAACCUAAAUUGGAGAAGGAACUUGUAUGAGUGGGAAGCCGAUGAUGCCGUGGAACUACAAAAGAGGAUAGAAAAUGUGAAGAUAGCAGAAGGCGACAUAGACAGAUGGGAAUGGAUUCAUGACAAGGGAGGUCAAUAUUCAACCAAAUCUGCGUAUUCUAUUCUAACAAGGGAGCGGGCGGAAUCGAAUGAAGAGAAGACAUACAAAAGAAUAUGGAAUCCCAUCCUUCCAAGCAAAAUCUCAGCUUUCAAUUGGUGGGUAUGGAAGGCUUGCUCGAAGUGGUGGGGAUCAAGGAUGACGGUGCACAGAGACUGCUGGAACACUUUUCAAUUCAUUGGGAGUAAGGUCGAGGUCGUGCUUGCUGUACAAGAUGAGAAGUUUGCCCUAAGCCACACGACGUUAUACGUCGUAAGGCUACCUCUUCCACCGGCCUGGAAAUCUCACCUCCCUGGUGUCCUUCACGAGGUUGAGAAUGAACAAGCUCGAGUAUGCAUGUUCUCCAAUGAACGAGCUGAAACUUGGAACUACUUGAAGAAAGAAUACUUCGAGAAAAUAGAGGAUGAGUUUUAUUUCCUCCACUUCUUCUUUAGAAGGCAAGGGGUCAAUGAAUCCUCCAUUUCUUCUCUAAAAGGCCAGCCGUUAAUUGAUGACCUGAUCCAUUCUUGAUGAAAAAUAAAGUUAUGACUUGUGACAAAGGCAUCCAAUGAUCUUGAUAGGAAAGGGUUUGGAAAAGAAAUCUCUCUCAUAUAUUAUCAGAUAUAGUAAAUCAUUUUCUGUACU